CCGCUGCCGCUGCCGGGCUUCGUGCGUUCGCGUCGCGUGUGUGGGCAUCCAGGACGCUAAAGCGUUCAGCCAUUGAAUCCGUGUGGCCCAAAGCCCAAAGCCGGCCAAACUGGCAGAGCCAAGUGCCGAAGCCAUCCAAGCAAACGGCCCUCGGGCCAAGUGUCCAAUGUGAAUGAUACCACAAAUGAUAUCUUUAGUACUGCCGCCGCGUGUAAGAAAUCCGCCAAUAAGCAAAUAAAGUUUUGAAAAUGAUGAAGCAUUCAGUGAAAUCCGCGAUUAGUUUUCGUUUGUGUUGUGUGCGAACAUCGUCCAUGGAAUCAUUAUCCGUACUGUCAUCGUUAUCUGCACGGCUCUCGAGGAACCAACAGAGGGGCCUGCUUUUUUAAGUAAACACACAGCAAAAGCUCGUUCAAAAUGAUCACCUAAAGGCAAAAUCCGCCGAAACAAAUCCGUUACAAAAACUCAACACAAAAAGCAACAGCUUAUAACACAAACAUAGGUUAAUUGGCACCGAAAAACACACACACCAACAAGUGAAUACAAAUUUUAAUUGCCGGCGGGGGGCGAGAAACAAAUCAGAGAAAACCAAAAUCUAUAAAAAAUAGAAAACAAACGUAACGCAAACCACCGCAGAAAUCGCUUUAGAUCGUAAAGGAAAUAAAACAAAAUAAAAAUACCAAAAUUCUAAAAACCAAAAACCAACAAAAAUAAAGCUAACAAAAUGACGCUGCGCAUAUCGGCCAAAUCCAAGCAUCAGCGAGGGCUCAUCAUUUAUGGCUUUGUGCUGCUACUGACGACGGCCACCCGGGCAGGACGGAUCUUUGACGUCACAAAUCUGGACUACGUUAAGGUGAACGCCGAGGCGGGCAAGAACGUGACCAUACCCUGUCCGGGCGUCAACGAGCACUCGCUGGUGGACACGCUUGUGUGGAAGACGGCAUCGACGACAAUCGCGCAGUUCGCCAACAGGAUACCCCUACUGCACAGUCCCAGGAUACAACUUCUAUCGGAUAAUUUCGGGCUGCAGUUCUCCCCAUCGCUGGCCAGCGAUACAUCCGAGUACAUAUGUCUGGUCAACGAUCGUCAUAUACCGGAGGCGAUUGUCGAUCUGCUGGUUCAGGAUGUGCCUGAUCCACCGGAGCGACCAUUGUUGAUAAGUUUCACAUCCCGCUCCGUGAACUUAUCCUGGGCGCACUCGCAGCACCCGCGGAAUGCACCCGUCACGCAUUUUAUUAUUGAAACGCGAGAGGGCGAAGAUGGCAUCUGGGAUCAGCUGGCGCGCAUUUAUACAAAAACAAAUGCCACAUCAUAUCAGGUGACCGGCCUCACGCCCUUCACCGUCUAUAGCUUUCGCCUGCUGGCCGUCAAUAAGCUGGGCAUGAGUCCCCCGUCCAAGGAGUCCUACUACAUUGUGACGCUGCGGGAAGCGCCCACGGGCAAGCCCAUACCGACGACGGCCCACAACACGUCCUCGACGUCGGUGUACAUCUCCUGGAAGCCACCGCCACCGGAUACCAUACUCGGUGAAUUUCUUGGCUAUCGCAUCACAUAUCGGCCACGCGACCGCGAUCCAAAUGACACCAAGGAAAUCUAUAUACGAGAUAACACUGUGGAGAGCCAUGAAAUACAGAAUCUGCAGACAUACACGCAGUACAAGGUGACCGUGCAGGUAUUCAACCCGGAAGGCCUGGGACCGGAGACAACCAUCCUGGUGAUGACCGACGAAGGAGUGCCAAGCAAACCCCAGAAUCUCACCGUGCUGGAUGUGUCCGCGAACAGCAUCACGAUGUCAUGGCAUCCGCCAAAGAACCAGAACGGUGCCAUAGCCGGCUACCAUGUCUUCCACAUACACGACAACCAGACGGGCGUGGAGAUUGUAAAGAAUUCGCGCAAUUCGGUGGAAACUCUCAUACACUUUGAGCUGCAGAAUUUGCGACCCUAUACCGAUUACCGUGUGAUUGUGAAGGCCUUUACCACCAAGAACGAGGGCGAACCCUCCGAUCAGAUUGCCCAGCGCACCGAUGUCGGUGGUCCCAGUGCGCCGGCGAUUGUCAAUCUGACAUGCCAUUCCCAGGAAUCCAUAACGAUACGCUGGCGCAGGCCCUACGAGUUCUACAACACGAUCGAUUUCUAUGUCAUAAAAACGCGUCUGGCGGGACAGGAUUCGCAUCGGGAUAUACGGAUCAAUGCCUCGGCCAAGGAACUGGAAACGGCGAUGAUUCUGCAGAAUCUAACAACCAAUUCGUACUACGAGGUCAAAGUGGCAGCGGCAACAUUCAGUGUCAUAAAUCCAAAGAAAAUAGUCUUGGGCAAAUUCUCAGAGUCAAGGAUUAUCCAACUGCAGCCGAACUGCGAGAAACUCCAGCCACUGCUCCGACAAUCGCAUAAUGAUUACAACCUGGCCGUCCUGGUGGGCAUUAUCUUCAGCUGCUUCGGCAUCAUACUCAUCAUCAUGGCCUUCUUCUUGUGGAGCAGAAAGUGCUUCCAUGCCGCCUACUACUAUCUGGACGAUCCGCCACACCAUCCGAAUGCCCCGCAGGUGGACUGGGAGGUGCCAGUCAAGAUUGGCGACGAGAUUCGUGCCGCAGUGCCCGUGAAUGAGUUCUCCAAGCAUGUGGCCUCGCUGCAUGCGGAUGGCGACAUUGGCUUCAGCAGGGAGUACGAGGCUAUUCAGAACGAGUGCAUCAGUGACGACCUGCCCUGCGAACACUCCCAGCACCCGGAGAACAAGCGCAAGAAUCGCUAUCUGAACAUCACAGCCUACGAUCACAGUCGCGUCCAUCUGCAUCCCACGCCGGGACAGAAGAAGAACCUGGACUACAUCAAUGCCAACUUCAUAGAUGGCUACCAGAAGGCGCAUGCCUUCAUCGGCACCCAGGGCCCGCUGCCCGACACCUUCGACUGCUUCUGGCGCAUGAUCUGGGAGCAGCGGGUGGCCAUCAUUGUGAUGAUCACGAAUCUGGUGGAGCGCGGCCGACGCAAGUGCGACAUGUACUGGCCCAAGGAUGGCGUCGAGACCUAUGGCGUCAUUCAGGUGAAGCUCAUCGAAGAGGAGGUCAUGUCCACGUACACGGUUCGCACGCUACAGAUCAAGCAUCUGAAGUUAAAGAAAAAGAAGCAGUGCUAUACGGAGAAGCUUGUGUACCAAUAUCACUAUACGAAUUGGCCAGACCAUGGCACACCGGAUCAUCCAUUGCCCGUGCUGAAUUUCGUAAAGAAAUCCUCGGCUGCCAAUCCCGCCGAGGCUGGUCCCAUUGUCGUGCACUGCAGCGCUGGCGUUGGUCGCACUGGCACCUACAUCGUACUGGACGCCAUGCUCAAGCAGAUCCAACAGAAAUCGAUUGUGAAUGUGUUUGGCUUUCUGCGUCACAUACGCGCCCAGCGUAAUUUCCUUGUCCAGACCGAGGAGCAGUAUAUAUUCCUGCACGACGCACUCGUCGAGGCCAUAGCUUCGGGCGAGACCAAUUUGGCGAGCGACCAAGUGGAGGAGCUAAGGAACUGCACGCCGUAUUUGGAGCAGCAGUACAAGAACAUUAUCCAGUUCCAGCCCAAGGACAUACACAUUGCGUCGGCCAUGAAGCAGGUCAACUCGAUCAAGAAUCGCGGCGCCAUCUUCCCCAUCGAGGGCAGUCGGGUGCAUCUGACCCCCAAGCCGGGCGAGGAUGGCAGCGACUAUAUCAAUGCUUCGUGGCUGCAUGGCUUCCGGCGGUUGCGCGACUUCAUUGUCACCCAACAUCCCAUGGCCCACACGAUAAAAGAUUUCUGGCAAAUGGUCUGGGAUCACAAUGCCCAGACAGUCGUUCUGCUCUCCUCCCUCGAUGAUAUAAACUUUGCCCAGUUCUGGCCGGAUGAGGCCACGCCCAUCGAGAGCGAUCACUAUCGCGUGAAAUAUCUGAACAAGACCAACAAGAGCGACUAUGUGACCCGGGACUUUGUCAUUCAGUCGAUACAGGAUGACUACGAGCUGACGGUCAAAAUGCUGCACUGUCCCAGCUGGCCGGAGAUGUCCAAUCCGAACAGCAUCUACGACUUCAUUGUGGAUGUCCACGAGCGCUGCAAUGACUAUCGCAAUGGACCAAUUGUAAUAGUAGACAGGUACGGUGGGGCGCAAGCGUGCACUUUUUGUGCCAUCUCAUCGCUGGCCAUUGAGAUGGAAUACUGCAGCACAGCGAAUGUGUAUCAGUAUGCCAAGCUGUAUCACAAUAAGCGGCCCGGUGUGUGGACAUCCAGCGAGGAUAUACGCGUCAUCUACAAUAUACUUUCAUUUUUGCCUGGCAAUUUGAAUCUGCUGAAGCGCACGGCGCUACGCACUGAAUUCGAGGAUGUGACAACGGCCACGCCGGAUCUCUAUAGCAAAAUAUGCAGCAAUGCAGCGACAGAUGCUCAAAACUUAGAUAUUGUAGGCUAAACUAAAGAUAAAAUUUACAAAAAAAAACAGCUGAUGGCAGAUGAUUAGGAGAUUAAAUCAUUUUAUAAAUGUUUAAAUAUAAAUAUUUAAAAUUAACAAACUAUACAAUUACGUAUGUAUGUAUGUAUUGUAUGUAUACAUAGGGAUGUAUUUAUUAACAUUUAAGUCGUCGCAAGCAAAGCGUUUAGCGCAUUGUCCAUAAAUUAUUCAGUCGCAUAUUAAGCUCAUGUUUUAUUAUCUUAAUUUAUUCGUAUUUUAGUUGUUUCGCUCGUCUACAAACUAUUUAAAUUAUUUCUCCCCCCCUCUAUAUAUAUUUUGUGUACACUAGACUUACAGGCAGAUUUUAUGAUAAAUAUUUUAUAUAUAAAUUUAGUCACAAGGAAAACUAAACAAAAAAAAUCCACAAAAAGUCAACAACAAAGGUAAAGGAAAAUAGAUUCAAAACAAAGAGAUCAAAAACAAAAAAGUAAUUGCAAUGCGAAAAAAUGAAAACGUAGAAAAAUGCACAAAGUGAACGGCGUAGAACUAUAGGAAAACCAAUAAUUGUCUCAUCAUUUACGAGUUUAUACACUAUAUAUGCAUAGAUACAGGUACAUACGAGUAUAUAUAUUAUUAAUUAAUAGUAAUUCGUUAAUGCAGGUUAGUGCUGCACACACUUGUGCCAUGAUCUUUUAAGCGCCCCCCAUUAAAGCUCCUAUUAAAGUAAUAAUUAUUUGUUAAUGUACGAGUUGAUGAAGCACUUUUUGCAUUUCAUAUUGAUUCAGUGUCCGUCCUAGUGUCUGUUAACGAAACAAAUUUUUGCUGUUUUCUCACUUUACAAAUUUUUUCUAACCUGUUUUUUCAUAUCCAUAAAAGCAAAAAAAAAAGAACAAAAAAGAAAAAACAACUCAAGCAAAACCUUAGCUAAAAAAUAAUUGCGAAUUUAGUAGGCAAGAAAACGAAUUAUUGGCAUGCAGUAUACAGAUUAACCAAGCGCACCUUUGCACGGAGCACAUCACCCGACAACCACAAACACACCCACACAUCACUGUAAAUCCCCAACAAAAUGAAGAAGAUGCAAAUCAAUUCACACUCUCUACGAAAGGCACCAAGCACAAGAGCAUCACGUUAAGAUUGUAAAUAAAACUUAGGCAAAGAACUGCUGGAAGAAAUCAACUAAUUGUAAGCCUCCCUAAGCUAUAAAUAUUGUAAAAACAAAUGCAAAUCGAGUUAAACUAAGUGUAAAACUAAAAAAUAAACGCAAGCAAAGUAUUAUUAAAAUAUAUACGAUUUAUGUGAACAAAACAAAUGCCACAAUUGAAUGAAAAAUGCAUAAGCAAAUAUUGUUUCAAUCUUCAUUUAAUGCACAGGGAGUAACCAUAUUGAACAGGCCCAAACCCAGUGUUGGCUCACAGCGUAAUAUUAAUGUGUACAGUUCUUAAAUGAUAGCCUCGGAUACGAUACGGAUAAAUGAAAUCUUAUCUUUACUUUUUGCACUCUGAAUUGCCAUAGCUAUGCUGUGGUGUGUGUGUGUGUGUGUGUGAUGUGCAGCUGAGCAGUCCGAAAAUUAUCUGAUCUAAUGAAUAGCAGAGUUCUUUAGUUGCUCCAUCACUAAACACACACACACCAACCUACACAGCAAGUAGAGAGCAAAGAAAAUUAGGAUAUAUUUUUACAUUUUAGUGUAAAAUAUUGAUCACAAAAAAAAAAAACAAAAAAAAGAAAGGAAGAGAAAGGAUAAAAAUGUUUUAAAGACUGGUUUUUUGUACACUUUAACUUGAAUAAGCAUGUAUACUGAUUAUGUAAAUGAAUGAAUGUCAAUCGUAUUUCAGUUUUCCCUCUAGAAUUACCCAUGUGUCCGACCCGCCACGCCCCGCCCCUAUCGUAUGUAGUUAGACUACUUGAGGAGUAAGGAUUUUUGGAAUGUGGCCAAAGAGGUUGGAAAGGGAGGGACACCUACAACUUUUCUACUUUUCAAACUGGAUCUUAUCGAAGCGAGAUCAGUGCUAAACCCAAUCAUUUGUCACCCUGACACCGUAUAUAGAUCGCUCUACAUAUUCACCAAAUAAUGACCAAUUUUUGUGAGAUUCUGUUUCUUAGGCACUAAACCGACUUAGAUUAAGGUACACACGAAAUAUAUACGUUAGAAAGGCUUGUAAAUUCUCAUACUGACAACGGCAAUGGUAACAAAUGCUUCAUCUGUAAUAUAACAAAAAAAGAAUCAUAAUAUGUGUAUGUAUGUAUUUCGAUACCAAAACAUGAGGAAACUACGCAUUUUAACUGUUAAACAAAUGAUUAGUAGUACGUACAAUGAAACUAUAGAUGGAUAUGUGUGGUAUGUGUACAUAUUGAUGUAUGCGUUAUGUAUACAGACAGCCAAAGGAAAAGCUUCGUCUACAGCAUUGUAAAGGAGCUAAAAGAAAAAAAGAAAAAUUCCCCGCAAAAAAGAAACUUAACAAAACUGCACACACUUUUCGAGCAAAUGGAAACCUUUCCACGACUAAACUACCUUCACAAAAACCAAACUAAAAACAAAUUAAAAAUGGUAACUAAAUGAAAACAAAAAAAAAACCACAACAGAAUAUCUAAUUGACGGUGUUAUGCAAUUUAUAAAUG